GAUAUAAUUGGUACAAGUACGUAUUUGUGAAUGACGGUUCGAAUCUAAAGCGUGCAUGCUUCGACGGAGAUGCGAUUACUCGUUUUUGAUAUUUUUUUGUGUCAAUAAUUCAGGUUGAUGAAAUCACCGGCCAACAAAAAAAAACAUAGAGGAAUCAUUAAGAAGUUAUGUAGAAUUUUGUGCAGCACUACUCGUAUCGCCCUGGUACCGUAUUUCACGAGAAAUAUCAUUCAAUGGUUACGUAAGCAGAUGGUUGGGUAGUUCUGUCUUUGCAACGGAGUAGCUACUCGCCGAGGGCGUGAUGCUCCUCGAACUUGAACCGCAGGCACUCCAAUAGCUCCGAAAAUACAUUAAUGGCAUUGAAGGACAAAAACGAAGCAUCAAUCGACCUUACUGUACUUUAUAACUUCACCUUUCCUGAGGUCACCCUCCAUAACCACAUCUAUCAAGAUGAUGUCCUAUUUAAUGCAAUCAACAGCCCCUACUUUAGAGGAAGGAUGCCUUCUGGUUUCUCGCAUUCCUUUGAAGAGAAUGGGCAUAGAACAUAUUGAGACUUAUAGUUACAAAUGCGAUAUACUCUCCAAUAGUAACCUUCCCAUACCGAGUGUGAAUAUACUCAGCGACAUCGAUGACAGAUCAGUUGAAAACACCAACGCAAAUGGAUCCAAGGAUGAGCGGGCGAGCUGCAACAUGGUGACUUUAGCUACAUUGAGCACACAUGAGGGUCUACCAUUCAGAGGUGGCUACGAGGAGGCGCUUGCAGUGCGCCUUGCGAUCAAGCAUCUCAACGAUGGCGAUGGAUCACUCAUAAAGGAAGUAGAAGGACUCGAUAAAAAAUGCAACAUUGACUUCAACGUGGACACCAUCGAUACCAAAUACAAUCCGGGAGAAACAUUGCAAUCAGUUGUUAAACGCAUUGAGUCGGACUCACUAGGUCCACCAUGUGUCUUUCUAGGUGCACAGCCAAGCUUUGUUACGGGACCAGUGGCCGCUCUUGUCAACAUGUAUGGAUACCCACAAAUUAGCAGUGAGAACGUCGCACAAUUGACGCGCCAAAGUGUAGGGCGACCGUUGCUAACCAUCAACUUUCCAGACGAUGUGACUACUACCAAAGCCUUUGUAUGGUACUUAAAAAAAAAAAAAAUAAAACAUCUGGCUGUGCUUGUCGUAAACGACCAAUAUGGACUCGGCUUUUUGGACAGACUUCAAAGACAAGUAGCGAUUGAGAAAGACGUAUUGGAUGUAAAGCCAUUCUAUCUGAAUGUUGACGGAUCGAAUUUGGAGGAAACAAUGAUUGAUAUCAGAAAUUCAAUGUAUCGGUUCAUACUUUGCCUUCAACAUGGAACUCUGAUUCGUGUUCACACUAUGAUGAAGAAUGCCGUACAGAACAACGUGGCCGGAAACGGCAAACAUAAUUGGUUUUUCAUUUACGACCUCCCCGAAGAACUAUUUGACUCUAUUCAAAACGAUUUCAGUCUCUACAAAGCCUAUCAUGGAGUUGGUUUUUUUGGUCCCGCUGGUGGAAAACCCUCGUCAAAUCAUGACAGCCCGUCGUUGUACGAAUCCUUCCACAAGCAAUUACUAGCCCUCAAGGAGGACGAAGAGCUCAUUUCGUCCCUAGUGGCGGAUAAUGGCAAUACAAGUCCGCCCACUCAGCGUAAUGAAACGAUACAAUUUCUACUCAACGACGAAUCUUUCUUAGAUUUGCCCUCGCGUGACAUGUUGCCGUACCUCUACGAAUCUGCAAUUCUUGCCGGUUUGACUGCAUGUUCUACUGCCAGAGAUGGUAUUCAUCUUACUGGUAAAGAAUUCAACAAGGCAGUGCGAAAGAAUAAUUUUCAAAGUAUAACAGGGCACGUUCGUUUUGAUGCCAAUACGGGCAGAAGGUGUGAUAAUAGUACCUACUUCUCAAUGGUGAAUCAUAUCGGGAAACAUUAUGAUUACUUCGAUGACUCCAACACUUCGCACAGCGAAGGUCGUUUUGACUUUGAGUGGGUGACAACAGACGUAUUGAAUGAAGGCAAGUGGGAAGAAAUCGCGCCCUUUACGUACAGUUCCAAUUCUACAGACCUACCCGACGCCGUCGAACCCUUUGAGGAAAAGUCGGAAGUUAUGAGUAGCGGAUUCAAAGUUUUCGCUUACGUAUUAUGCACUGUAUCGGUUACCAUAUCCAUCGGCCUUGCUAUCUGGACCCUGAUCCACCGCAAGGAAAGAAUUAUCAGGGCUUCCCAACCUUUUUUCCUGCUCGCAAUAUGCUGUGGAACAAUACUCCUUGCGGCAACAAUCAUCCCAAUGACUUUCGAUGUCGCUCCAUCUCACUUCAUGAACGAGAAUGGAGAGUUCUACGACGUCUCAGAAAGGAAUUGUAGAGAUUGGAAUGUGAUUGAAGAAGAAGAAAAACAAUGCGUCGAGAUGCCCCAAAGCACCGACGACCGAAUGAUGUUUGCUUGUACCUCUAUAGUUUGGCUCGCAACGAUUGGUACUACUAUAAUUAUUUCUGCUCUUGCAACGAAAACUUAUAGGCAAGUGAAAUACCUCCUGGCUAUAUCGUUUUGACAUUAUCAACACCUUUCUCUAACCAUACUUUCUGCUUCAACGUUGGUUAUAGAAUCAACAAAAUAAUGCAGGCUGCAAAACGAUUUAAACGUGUCCAAGUCAGAGUUCGAGAUGUCGUUUGGCCCAUGGUCGCAUUUUGGUUUGUGAAUGUUGUGAUUCUGAGUCUCCUCACCGCGUUUGAUCCGGUCCAUUACGACGUAGUGGCAGUAAAUUUCGAUGCCUUUGGUCGACCUUCGACUUCUAAUGCAUACUGUGACUUCAAUGUAUACAAUCACUCGAAGUAUUUUGCCCCUAUCAUUUUAUUGAAUAGUGCAGUGCUGUGGUUUGCUCUGUACCAAUCGUGGCUGGCGAGAGACCUUUCCACCGAGUUCCAAGAGAGCGAGCAUAUAUACAAAGCCGUUAUGGUGAUGCUUGUAGUUACGUUUGUCGGGAUGCCAGGGGUGUUUAUUGCUAGAAGAAACCUGAAUGCAAAUCUAUUUCUUGGCAGCGCCGUCAUCUUUGUGAUGUGCAUCUCCGUCUCGUUGAUGCUCUUUUACCCAAAGAUACGAUACAUCCAUGGGACAGAAAAUCAACGCUUUACCGACAGCAAAAAAGAACUCAUAAGAUCGAAGACCUUGGUGUUUAAUGCCUCGCGUAGCAGCAUGGUGCCCUUUAAGCCGGGAGAAAAGGACGCCGACGGCGAGAUCAUUUAUUCGGCAAAAAGCCGAAGAGAAUUGAUCAUUGAAAACAACAAGCUCAAGGACGAACUCAAAAAUCUAGAGGAAAGUGUACAGUUGGAAGAGAUUAAAGAACAAACCUCGUAUUCGGAUGAUCUUUUGAGCAAUUCUUCGGAACUUGAAUAAUAUGUACACUAUCAUAGCAUGACAACACAAAAAGUAUAAUUUUUGUUUUUAUAUAUGAAAACAUUCUUCUCUUCCAACUCUCGAGUCUGUUUGAUGAAAUUCAUUUGGGACGUUUCUCUUAUUCCCGUAUCAUAAGCACACGCAUACACACAUACUACAAAAGCAUCGGUACUUCUCGUUUGGUUUGGUUCGGAGCAGUCGUAAUGUCGUCGGGACACAACUCGAACAAGAAGCGCGAUGCAGGGCACAGGCAACAAUGGCGUGGAUUCAUUCCGGCAACACCCGGCACCGAAUCAACCCGUUCCCGCAGCACCUCGUCUGGUUUAUUUCUACUACCCUUCCUUCGGAGUUUCUUUGGCUUCAAAUGUACAGGAGCGAGACUUCCCUCUGGGUGUCGACAAGGGCCAGCCCCGUCAGGAAAACACAAGCCCACGCGGCAAAGUAGCCAUUCCCGGCAAACAAAAAGGGUCCGAUAAAGGUCGAAAGGCACGCGGCAAUGAUCCACAAAAGAAAGAACCCCAACAAAAAGCCCAGCCGUAUCUUGGGAUCGAGGCGGUAGUUCCCGCUGUUUAGCCUCGAGUACCCGGCCGUCAGCAAUCCGUAAAAGAGGGAAAAGACGGCAACCACCAGCGUGUAGGUAGAAAUUUUGUUAAAGGCGUGGUACCGCCAAAAGCCCGAGGGCACGCCCACCGACAGCUCGAUGAUCACAACGAUGGAGGCAAUGGUCAAGCCAUAGACGCAAGAGUCGGCGUUCUUGGCCUCCCUCUUGAAGAAUGCAAUCGAGAGCCCGCAAUUGCCGAGGGAAAAGAUCAGCAUGGCCCAGAGCGCAAAGUAUCCUGCGAGAGAGUGCGGCAAGGGCACGGAAAGCGGGUUAGGAGAAAGAAACAAAAACAGCACCAACAAAAGCGAAAACAGUGCGCCGCUUGCAUACCAUUGCCAAUGUGCCCAAAGACGUAGCGGCCGCCGACUCCGCCACCGACGACGGUGAAAAAUCCCCACGCCACAAUGGCCCAGACAACGAGCAUCCCGUCGAGGAGCCAGCGGACUUUUUCCAGAACGACCUCCGACCGGGGCCUGGCUUUGGGAUUCUCGUCCGAUGAUCCAUCGUGCUCGCCGCUUUCCUUGGCGGCCUCGACGUCGCCGCCGUCCCCCCCUCCGUUCUUGGCGCUAGCGUUGUAACGCAUCCA